UGUGCAUUGGCUCAGCGAACCCCCGGCCCAAUGAAAUCCGACACAGUUGCAACUACAUCUUCCGCCGACUAUGGAUGCGACAUCCAGGCCACCCGUCCUGCACCCUGGCGGGACGAUCGAGACAAGUCCGAUGCGAUCUCUGUGAUAAAGGGAGCCGAUCUGAGUGAGAAAGCUCAGAACGACAUUCAGGCAGCCGAGAUUCACGACGUCUCACCGCUGGAUGUGGAGAACGAUGUCGAAGAAGUCAUGGACAAAGUCUUGAUAUUGACAGUCGAUGAGUGUUGCAAGCUGGUCGAAAAGCUCGUUGAAGAACACAAAACCGACUACAACCUCUCGUCUGCACAGAAGGAGAAGCUUGUUCACUUACUCAGAGGUCCAGCUCAAGGACAAUCGACCGAUGAGUGGGAGAUCACCUUGAGAAAGGAGGCUGCCCUCAAUUCCUUUUACUCGCCAUACCCUGAAGUUCGGUCUAUCACCACGCCUCAUGACGAUCCAAGCAUAUCUUGCGAGACCAUUCGUGCCCAUCUUUUGGGCUACGUGUGGGCAUGUAUAGCUCAAUUCGUCAACUCUCUGUUCAAUUCCCGCUACCCAUCCAUCACAAUUCAAUCUAGUGUCGCACAGAUCUUUUUGUACCCUUGUGGUCUGUUCCUAGCCUGGGCACUACCAGACUGGGGCAUCACUCUCUUCGGAACAAGGCACUCGCUAAACCCCGGACCUUGGACCUACAAGGAACAGAUGCUAUCCACAAUCAUUGUCAACGUUGGUUUGACUUCUGCUUAUGUUUUCUGGAACAUACAGACUCAGCAAGUCUACUACAAGGACACUUGGCUCACUCCAGAAUACAAGAUACUCUUGCUCUUGUCAACUCAGCUCAUGGGCCUUGGCUUUGCUGGUCUCCUCCGAAGGUUCGUUGUGUAUCCGGUCCAGGCAAUCUGGCCUAGCAUUCUGCCGACCCUCGCGCUCAAUCGUGCUUUGCUAGUCAAAGAAAAGCAUGAGAGUAUCCAUGGAUGGCGAAUGUCCCGAUACAAGUUCUUCUUCAUCUUCUUCGCAGCAAUGUCAAUCUACUUCUGGCUUCCCGGUUAUCUCUUCCCGGCGCUCAGCUACUUUGCUUGGAUGACAUGGAUUAAACCUGACAACUUCAAUCUCGCCAUAGUGACAGGCUCCCAGACAGGUCUGGGUUUCAACCCCCUGUCGUCUCUAGACUGGAAUUUGUUCUCAACCUACGCAUACCCCUUGACUUGGCCAUUCUUCAGUCAGAUUCAGCAGUAUGCUGGUAUGAUUUUAUCUGGGCUCGUCAUCCUCGCGACGUAUUAUUCAAACUUCAAAUGGACGGCAUACCUGCCCAUCAACUCUUCAGGCAUCUUUGAUAAUACCGGGGCACCAUACAACAUCUCGAGAGUCAUGGAAAAUGGACGUCUAAACUAUGAAGAAUACGAGAAAUAUUCACCUGCGUUUUACGGAGCAGGCAACCUGGUUGGGUAUAGUGCGUUUUUCGCGUUUUAUACUCUCACCUUCGUGUUCAUCAUCCUCGACUUCUGGCGACCUUUAUCUCAGGCAUACCGACGUAUGGGAUCUGCUGCAUGGUCUCAGCUGAAGAAUAUGGCUACGAGAGCUAAGAGUGUCGUGACUUCACUUGCUCGAGGAGGCUUCAAGCAAGCCGGUCAUCACAUGAUGCAUCUGAUGGACACUGAGGGUAGCAUGUACGACGGCUUCAAUGAUCCGUUCACUCGUAUGAUGCAAAACUACAAGGAGGUGCCCGAUUGGUGGUUCCUCAUCAUAGCCCUCAUCUCCUUCAUCUUUGCAAUCAUCAUCUUAAAGACCUACGAAGGCUUGCAGACCCCAGUGUGGACAAUCUUUUUUGUCAUCAUCCUAAAUUUGGUCUUCUUGAUCCCGAUGAGCUACCUCUACGCUAUUUCAGGUACGACGCAAGGAUUGAAUGUGGUCACCGAACUCAUUAUGGGUUAUGCCUUGCCGGGCCGACCAGAAGCUCUAAUGUUUGUGAAAGCUUAUGGCUAUAACAUCAACGGCCAAGCUGACAAUUACACGUCUGAUCAAAAGAUGGGACUGUACGCCAAAAUUCCGCCCCGUGCCAUGUACCGCGGUCAACUGGCAAGCGCAAUUAUCACGGCGAUUGUCGCGUACGGUACUGUCGACUUCGUGGACACCGACAUCAAGGGAAUAUGCACUCCAGACCAGGCUGCGAAGUUCAACUGCGAGAACGGGUCGGAGGUAUACUUUUCUUCCUCGGUUGUCUGGGGUGCUAUCGGGCCCGCUCGAGUCUUCAGUCAGUUCUACCCGUUCAUGAAGUACAUGUUCUUGCUUGGCUUCUUACUCGCACUGGUAUGGUGGUUUAUCAAGCGAUACGGGCCAGUUAUGCGGUCUAAAGUUCAUGCGACGCUUCCUACAAGCAUCUUCCGACCGUUGGAUCUAAUUGUGUUCACUCCCAUUUCCUGGCUGCAAAGUGUGCAUCCAGCACUUGUCAUCAACGGAAUGCUCUCGUGGGCUCCGCUGAAUCUCUCUUACUACACAAGCGCGGUAUACAUGUCGUUCGGCUUCAUGUACUACCUCAGGUUAUACAAGACAAGUUGGUGGGAGAAGUACAACUACGUGCUCGCCGCAGCAUUGUCUGCUGGCGUUGCGUUCUCUGGUAUCAUCAUCUUCUUUGCGGUACAGUAUCAUCCAGUCGCUGUGAAUUGGUGGGGUACCAAUGUAGUCAGUCGAGGGGUCGAUGGUGGUGCUGGCCAGACUGCUUUGAUCACUUCUCUGCCCGCAAAGGGCUAUUUUGGACCUGAUAGCUGGAACUGAUUGCUCGGACAUUCUGUAUUUUGGCAAGAACUGAACGGUGGACUCUCUGUUUUGUGUUUUGGUUUUUACUUUUCUUUGCUUAUCCUCUCGUUGCUGAUUGCUUGUCCCACAUGACUUUGUCUGAUUUCAAUGAACCAUACUCAUAUUUUGAUUCAUCACCAGUUCAGCCCGGUCACAAUAGAGAUUUCCAAGAACUUUCCGACUAUCUGC